AUGCAAAGGCGGGAGCGCCGCAACCGCGAGCGGACGUACCUUGUGCUAUGGGUGCACGACCGCAGCCUGAGCAUGCAGACGGGAAAGCAUUGGAUGCUUCCGAAGGACGACGAGCUGGUGAGGCACUCGGGGACGUGGCACUCGGAGGGUGGGAGCCAGACCCGCCAGGAGGACGUCAUCGUGUCCGCGUUCACGCAGCUCCGGGGCAUCGCUGCGAAUACGACGGACGUGUUCAACAUGGCGCAGGGCGGGUCGGCGUCGAGUGGAGAUGACGUUGACUAUGAGGUCCUUCUACGCGACUGCAACUGCAAGCUGAACCAGUGGGUGCAAACUUGGUGCGAGGAGAUGAAGGGAGCGGGUGGCUCACGAUUCCACCUCUCGAUGCUCAUGUUCUUCCAGCUGCACGUGCGGCUGUUCCUCAACACCUUCGGGAUCCACUCGAACAGCUCGUCCGGCUCUUCGUGCAACGUCGAGGCGCUCAACGCCUGUCACACCGCAGCGAUGUCGGGUCUCAAAAUCGUCGCGCAAGACUUUGUCGACUUGCAAAUGCUGCGGUACGGACAGGACUCGAUCACGGUCAUGACAGCGUACUCUGCUGUCGUCUUGCUCAAGCUGCUUCGUGCUAGCAUCUCGCCGUCACUGUCGGAUCUCAGAACCAAUGCAAUGCAAGAGAUCCACAACAUGAUCGGCAAGACUGCGAAGGCGUAUCACGACGCCGCACAUCUCAGCCAGCAGUCGUACUCCGCAGCGUAUCACGACCGCUUCCUGCGGUCGCUCAUCGCGAACGACCUCCAGAAGGCGCAGCAGCGGCAGGCGGAGCGCGAGCUGUACUCGCGUGAGAUGGCCAGCACCAACGGGCGCGGCGUGCCGUCGUCGUACGUGCCUGCCGGACAACCGUCCCACUCGGCGAACGGCUAUGGUCAGCAGGUGUACGGGAUGCAGGCGAAUGGCAUCGAGCACCCCCAGGCGCCCCAGCAUAGCGGGUACUACUCGCAGUCGCCUGCUGUCUCGUCGGCGUUGACGUCGAGCACCGCCUCUUCGUCGUCCUCCCCGUAUACGCAUCCCACGGCCUCGUCGUCGUACAUGCCGCACCGCGAGCAGGACUACCCGAUGUCGGACUCGACGCACCGCGGCGGAGGCAUGAGCAACUUCAGCCUGGCGGGGAUCUCGACGACGUACGCGCAGUACCAGGCGCAGCCGAUGGAGGAGCACGACUCGAUAUACUGGCGGAACAUGUUCAAGGACCUCGGCUUCGACGGCGGCGCAGAGCCGCACCCCCAGGUACAGGCCCACGCCGCGUAUGGGAACGGCGGCACGAGCGGGAUGCAUAUGCCGGUGCAGCAAGCCCCGGUGCACCCGCAGCAGUCGCAUGGCGGUGUCACGUAUCGGGAGGCGCCCGUUGAGUACGCUGGGUACCAGAGCCAUGGGGGAUACGCUGGGUACGUCACGGGGUACCAGGCUCCCUACGGUCGGUGA